AUGGAAGCGACAACGACUGUCGGUUCGUCGGAUUGUAGCGCAGGUUGGGAGCAAGUGUCGGAUAAUUCACAGGUACGCUUGCUUACACACUAUUUUUGAAGUUUAUAAUAGUUGUCUCCUUCUUUGCUUCCUUUUUUCUUGUGUUCUUUGGUACAAACUUAGUGAGAUGACGAUCAGAUACUAUCGCAUUCCACGAAAAUGAGACCAUAGUACAUGAUGAAGGUCGUUUGGAUGGAAGAAGAAGAAGAAGAAGAAGAAGGAGAAGAAGAAGAAGGAGAAGACAAUCUCAUCUCCUCAUCUCGACCUUAUUCUCGCCGUGACAUAGUUACGAAACAUAGAUAACAGUGUCGUUUCGCCUCCUCGAUUUAUCUUUCGCCCAUCUUUCUUUCUGCGCGCGGAUCACGACGGAUAGAAAAGAGGACCCACUUACCUUUCCUGUUUUCUCUUUUCUCUUUUCACCUCACCAAUCAUCAAUCGUUUCAGACGAGCGAAAACAUGGAUUCGGCAUCAACGCUAUAUUGGCAAAAACAGGAGAACAUUGUCAUUUCGGGAGUGUCGGGCAGAUUCCCCAGAUGCGACAAUGUGAAAGAGUUUGGCGAUUUGUUGAUGGCCGGCGAGGAUCUCGUCACGGAGGACGAUCUCCGCUGGCCGCCCGGCUUCUACGAUCUGCCGAAGCGGCACGGAAAGCUGAAAGAGCUCAAAAAGUUCGACGCCGGCUUCUUUUCGGUGACGCCGAAACAGGCAAAGUACAUGGAUCCACAAGUGCGCAUUCUUCUCGAAGCGUCCUGGGAGGCGAUGGUUGAUGCGGGUGAGCGCCGCGCGCGUUUUGACCUACUUUUACAAGUUGUCGGGACCUUUCGAGACUAGGGAUUCUAGAAUAGCCGCCAAAAGUAUCCGGUAGAUGGUCCAACUCAAUCUUUGCAGGAAUCAACCCGAACGACCUGCGCGGCACGAGAACCGGAGUGUUCGUCGGAUGCUCGGCGUCAGAGACCUCCGGAGCGCUGACACAAGACCCCGAAACAGUGACGGGCUACACGUUGACGGGUUGUGUGCGCUCCAUGUUCUCGAAUCGCAUCUCGUACACGUUCGACCUGCAAGGACCCUCGUUCUCCGUGGAUACCGCUUGUUCGUCGUCGCUUUUGGCGCUUCAAUUGGCAAUUGACGCCAUUCGACAGGUAGGACGGGCCAUAGUUUAGAAAGAGAACAGUGUGCAAGUAUUGUAGGGUCAAUGCGACGCGGCGAUUGUCGCAGGAGCACACCUCACACUCACACCGACCGCAGCUCUCCAGUUCUUGAGAUUGGGCAUGCUCACCGACAAGGGAAGCUGCAGAUCGUUCGACGAUUCCGGCGACGGAUAUUGUCGUACCGAAGGAGUGGCCGCGAUUUUCAUCCAACGCAAGUCGAAGGCGCAGCGAAUCUACGCGACCGUACUUCACGCAAAGUCGAACACCGAUGGGUACAAGGAACAGGGCAUCACGUUCCCGUCGGGCGAAAGACAAGCUCAGCUGCUGCAGGAGGUCUACUCGGAGGCCGGAGUCGAUCCGAACUCGGUCUACUACGUGGAGACGCACGGAACCGGCACGAAGGUCGGCGAUCCGCAAGAGGCCAACGCCAUCUGCCAAGUGUUCUGUUCGAACAGAACCGAACCGCUGCUCAUCGGAUCCGUCAAGUCGAACAUGGGACACGCGGAGCCGGCGUCCGGAGUUUGCUCUCUUGCAAAGAUCCUCUUGUCGAUUGAGAGACAACGAAUCCCGCCAAACUUGCACUACAACACUCCGAACCAGUACAUUCCCGGAUUGGUGGACGGCCGAUUGAAGGUGGUCACGGAGCCGACACCACUGCCGGGAGGCAUCAUCGGAGUCAACUCGUUCGGAUUCGGAGGCUCCAACACUCACGUCAUCCUGAAGGCGGCCGAUCAUGAGGCGCCGGAGAUCACUCCACCACCAUUCACCAAAAUUGUCACGUUAGUUUUCGCACUUCUUUUCGCGUCGAAUUCAUCGUAUUUCAUUUCAGCUAUUGCGGAAGAACCCAGGAAGCCGUCGAGAGCAUUCUCGCGAACGUCGAAGCGCAAAAGGACGACUUGUACCUGCAAGCGCUGCUGGCGAAUCAGGCGAAUUUGCCGCCAAAGGACCUUCCGUUCCGUGGCUACGUGCUGCUGAACCGCGACAACAAUCAGGCGGCGUUGAAGAGCGUCUCGAAGAUUCCGAUCACCGAGCCACGUCCAAUCUAUUUCAUCUACUCGGGAAUGGGAUCACAGUGGCCGGGCAUGGCCAUCAAACUGAUGAAGAUUCCGCUUUUCGACGAAUCGCUUCGCGCCUCCAGCAAAACUUUGGACGAGUACGGACUGAACGUGUACGCAAUGUUGUGCAAUCCGGAUCCGGAGCAGUACAGCAGCAACACGCUCAACUGCAUGCUCGCGAUCACCGCCAUCCAAAUCGCGCUGACCGACACACUGUUCGCGCUGGGCGUCACGCCCGACGGAAUCAUCGGACACUCGACCGGAGAGAUGGGAUGCGGGUACGCGGACGGAGGAAUCACGCGCGAGCAGACGAUGCGACUCGCCUACCAUCGCGGAACGACCAUCAUGAAGCACACGGAGAUCAAGGGAGCGAUGGCGGCCGUCGGAUUGACCUGGGAAGAGGUCAAGCAGCAGGCGCCGCCCGGAGUUGUGGCCGCCUGUCACAACGGCGCCGACUCGGUCACCAUUUCCGGAGACAGCGACGGAGUUGCCAAGUUUUGUGCGGCGCUCAAGGAGAAGGACAUUUUCGCGAAAGUCGUCGACUCGUCUGGAAUUCCGUUCCACUCGCCCGCGAUGCUCGCCGUUCAGGACGAGAUGCUCGAGUCGAUGAGGACCGCCGUGCCGGAGCCGAAGCCCCGUUCUUCGAAAUGGAUCUCGACGUCGGUGCCCGAAGAGGAGUGGGAAUCCGAUCUGGCGGCCACCUGCUCGGCCGACUAUCACGUGCACAACGCCUGCUCGCCGGUCCUCUUCUACGAGGCGCUUCAGAAGAUCCCAGCGAACGCGGUCACCAUCGAGAUGGCCCCGCACUCGCUGAUGCAGGCCAUUCUUCGUCGUUCGCUCCAGAAGACCGUCACCAAUGUCGGUCUGAUGAACAAGCCAAAGUCGGAGAGCGACGACGAGUUGGAGAGCUUCCUCGUCUCACUCGGCAAAAUCUAUCAGGCGGGAGUGAACAUUCAGAUCACCGAACUCUAUCCGGGCGGACAGUUCACGGGCGUCGUGCCGAAGGGAACUCCGAUGAUCGGACCCAUGUGGAAGUGGGAUCAUAGUGCCGAUUGGCCGACGAUCGAUGGACGGCAAAUGACCGCUGGAGGCGGUGGAUCGAUUCCAGCCUCAGCGACAUACAACAUUGAUCCAUUUGCGGCUGAUUCGAAGGUAAACAAUCAUUUUGUUAGAGAUGAAGACAAACGGACAAACGCAUAAAGACUUUUUAUUGAUAAGAAUGAUACAUUUUUUUAGGAGGCCUACCUGUUGGAUCACUGCAUCGACGGUCGUGUUCUGUACCCGUUCACCGGACACAUGGUGCUCGCCUGGAAGACUCUUUGCAAACUGAAAAGUGUCGACUUCCAAAAGACGCCGGUCGUUUUCGAGAACAUCAACGUCUACUCGGCGACGAUCAUCACGAAGCCGAUCAAGCUGGACGUGGUGCUGACGCCCGGCAACGGAUACUUUGAGAUCAUCUCCGACGAUCAAGUGGCCGCGUCGGGACGAAUCUACUUUCCCGACGAGAACCAACCGUUCUACUACGGCAAUCUCGACGACAUUCGUACUUCGGAUAUUGCCGAUCGCAUCGAACUCGACACCGAGGACGCGUACAAAGAGUUCCUUUUGCGAGGAUACGAGUACGGGCAGGCGUUCCGCGGCAUCUACAAGACGUGCAACUCGGGCGAACGAGGAUAUCUUUACUGGACCGGAAACUGGGUCACCUUCCUCGAUUCGCUUCUGCAAACGGCGCUUUUGGCCGAACGAGCCGAUACGUUGAGACUUCCGACCCGCGUCCGUCAUCUUCGCAUCGAUCCGAACAAGCAUCUCGAGCACAUUCUCGAAAAGGACGGCAUCCAAGUGGUCGAGCUGCGAAACGAUCACUCGACGAACGGAUGCAUUGCCGGAGGCGUCGAAUGCUGUGAUCUGACGGCUCACACCGUGUCGCGAAGAAUCCAGUGCUCGGGACAACUCUAUCACGAGAAAGUCUACUUUGUGCCGCACUUUGACAAGAACUGCCUCAAAGAUCAACCGGCGUACGCGUCGACUCUGAACGAGUACACUACGGUUCUCAGGAACACCCUUUUGAAUGGAUUCUCAAAGUGGCACAAGGAGGGACUUGUGAAGAAGUUGACGAACGGACGGCUCAUCGAGACGGCUCUCAAGGCUCUGAAGUCGUCGAGUUCUUCGAAGAGCGCUGUGGCACCGGGCACUGUUGAACGCUUCAUGAACGAUGGAAAAUGCACGGUUUUGCAUCACUUCACCGAGGUAAGCACACAGUUUACAAAGCGAUUCAUCGAUUCAAUUGUUUCAGUUGUUCGCCCUCAAAGAUACUGAUGAUUUCGAAGAGCAAGUGAUCAGCAAGAUCAAAAGUGUUCGCGGAAUCUUUGAACUCGACCGGCUCUGGGCAGGCGCCGUCAUUUGUGAUCGGGUUCUCAAGAGUCUGCAGGACAUUUGCAUCGAGAAUUCGGCGGGUCAUCACGUAAAAAUGGCGUCUGUCGACCUGGUCUCCACGGAUCAGAUCAAGCACUGCAUCGAAGCCAACUCCACGCAUCCACUUCUCGAAGUCGACUAUCUUUGCGUCGGAUCCAAUCUCGAUCAUCUCGACGAGAGCACGCUUGAGAUUUUGGGAGGAAAGAAGCAGAAGGUGGUGUUGGACGAGCACUUUACCGGCAACGGAGAGAUCAAGAAUCUGGACUACGUCGUGCUCGACAAGGUGCUCAACAAGAAGAAGAACCCGACGGUGUUCCUCGAGGCGUGCAAACAUCUCAUCAGGGACGACGGCUUCUUGUUGGUCAUCGAAGUCACCGGACAGUACGAGAUUGCGUUCGCUGUUGAAGCGUUCCUCGGAACCGAGAUGGCCGACGCGGAGAAUGAGAAGAGGAAAUACGGACAGUUCUUCACCCACGAACAAUUGUUGGAGCUGUUCCAGACGAACGGAUUCAAGUUGUGCAACUAUCAACGCGAUCCGUCCCUGAUGACCGCCACCUACAUGAUCCGUCGCACUCCGCCCGUUCCAAAGGCUCCAGUCUUUGUGGAUGUUGAUGAUAUCAAGGAGUUCACGUGGAUUGAGCCACUGCAAAAGAUUGUCGAAGAUCGGCUAAACGCGCCUGAAUCCGAAACCAUCUGGCUCGUCAGCAACAAGGUUUGUUUCUUUUUUUUUUCUUUUAAAUUUUCUAACUAUUGUAUGCCUCUUUUAGUGUCGUAACAACGGAGUCGUCGGACUCGCCCUGUGCUUCGUCGAAGAGAAUCUGAAGGCGAACCGCUUCCGCUCUGCCUUCGACAUGUCGACCGAUCGAGCGAUCCGUGAGGGACCGGCCGUUUGGAGUGUCGACGAUGAGGCGAUGAAGAAGCUGAUCGACCUGGACCUUCACGCGAACAACUACAUGAACGGCGAGUGGGGAUCGAUGCGUCACAUUGUGGUGAAAGAAGAGGACGCCCACGUGUACAAGGAGUGCGAGCACGCGUUCAUCAACACCCUCACGCGUGGAGACGUCUCCUCGCUCACCUGGUUCGAGUCGCCCAACCAGUACUUUGACGCGAUCACCAACAAGAAGAAGUCGCACGAGUUGUGCUCCGUCUACUACGCGCCGAUCAACUUCCGUGACAUUAUGCUCGCCUACGGACGUCUUCCACCCGACGCCAUUCCCGGCAACUUUGCCGAUCGUGAAUGUCUGCUGGGAAUGGAGUUCUCCGGACGACUCUCCGAUGGAACGCGGCUGAUGGGAAUACUGCCGGCGCAGGCGCUCGCCACCACUGUCACCGUCGAUCGGGACUAUGCGUGGCAGGUGCCCGCCGACUGGACCCUUGCCGAAGCGUCGACGGUCCCGGUCGUCUACACAACCGCCUACUACGCGCUGGUUCGCAGAGGACAGAUGAAGAAGGGCGAGAAGGUUCUGAUUCAUGGAGGUGCCGGUGGAGUUGGACAGGCGGCGAUCGCGAUUGCUCUGGCCGCCGGAUGCGAAGUGUUCACGACUGUCGGAUCGAAGGAAAAGAGGAACUUCCUCAAGAACCUGUUCCCGCAACUGCAAGACCAUCACUUUGCCAACUCACGAUCCGCCGACUUCGAACUGCACAUUCGGCAGCACACCAAGGGACGCGGAGUGAACAUUGUGCUCAACUCGCUGGCCAACGAGAUGCUGCAAGCCUCUCUACGAUGCCUGGCCCGUCACGGACGCUUCCUCGAGAUCGGAAAGGUGGAUUUGUCGCAGAACUCGUCGCUCGGCAUGUCAAAGUUGCUCGACAACGUCUCGGUUCACGGAAUCCUUCUCGACUCGAUCAUGGACCCGACGGUCGGAGAUAUUGUAAGUUUUGGCCUCAAUCCAACGCGUUUCUUAUAUAGUUUUUGUCGCGUUUUUAGGAAGAAUGGAAGGAGGUUGCGAAGCUUUUGGAGCAAGGAAUCCGUGACGGAAUUGUGAAGCCGCUUCACGCGCACACGUUCCCAUCGGACAAGGCCGAGGAGGCGUUCCGUUUUAUGUCGGCCGGAAAGCACAUCGGAAAAGUGAUCAUGGAGAUCCGAACGGAAGAGUCCGUGAAAGUGUGCGCUCCUUCAAAGAUCUCGGUCCGCGCGAUCUGCCGCACACUGUGCCAUCCCCAACACGUCUACCUCAUCACCGGAGGACUCGGCGGCUUCGGACUCGAGCUCGCCCAAUGGCUCAUCAACCGCGGAGCGCGGAAACUUGUGCUCACGUCGAGAACCGGCAUCCGAACCGGAUACCAGGCGAGAUGUGUUCACUUCUGGCGACGCACCGGCGUUUCUGUGCUCGUCUCGACACUGAACACGUCGAAGGAAAGCGAUGCGGUCGAGCUGAUGAAGCAGUGUCUGGCGAUGGGUCCGAUCGGCGGGGUCUUCCAUCUGGCAAUGGUCCUGAGGGACUGUCUGUUCGAGAAUCAGAAUGUGCAGAACUUCAAGGAUGCGGCAGAGGCAAAGUACUACGGAACGAUCAAUCUGGACAAUGCGACACGCGCGCAUUGCGACAAGAACAGUCUCAAGUGGUAAGACCUUUUGGGGACCGUUUUUUUUUAGUUUUAGUUUUAAACCAUAAUUCUCCAGGUUCGUGGUCUUCUCCUCGAUCACAUCGGGACGUGGAAAUGCGGGACAGACGAACUACGGAUGGUCGAACUCGACAAUGGAGAGAAUGAUCGAUCAGCGCCGCGCCGACGGCUUCCCCGGAAUCGCCAUUCAAUGGGGCGCCAUCGGAGACGUCGGCGUCAUUCUCGAGAACAUGGGCGACAACAACACGGUCGUCGGAGGAACGCUUCCGCAACGAAUGCCCUCGUGUCUCUCCUCACUCGACAACUUCCUCUCGUGGAACCAUCCGAUCGUUUCGUCGUUCAUCAAGGCGGAUAUGGGCGCGAAAAAGAGUGCGGGCGGCGGCAAUUUGAUGCAAACCAUCGCGCACAUUCUCGGUGUCAACGACAUUUCGCAACUGAACCCCGACGCGAAUCUCGGCGAUUUGGGACUCGACUCUUUGAUGGGUGUCGAGAUCAAGCAGGCGCUGGAGCGAGACUACGAUAUUGUGCUGUCGAUGAAGGACAUUCGCACACUGACGCUCAACAAACUGCAACAGUUGGCCGAGAACGGUGGAUCGAGUGGAACCGCGCUGCAGGUGAACGAGCUCGAAAUGAAGAAGGACGGGGAGCGAGACGCCGAGCUGAACACUGUCGAGAUGCUCGAGAAGCAGAUGAACCAGCUGUUCAAGAUGCGUGUCGACGUCAACGAUCUCGACCCGCAGGACAUUAUUGUGAAGGCGAACAAGGUGGAGACCGGCCCGAUCACCUUCUUCGUGCACUCGAUCGAGGGAAUCGCGACGCCGCUGAAAAAGGUGAUGUCCAAGUGCGAAUUUCCGGCGUACUGCUUCCAAUCGACGAAGGACGUGCCGCAAAACUCGAUCGAGAAUGUGGCCAAGUGCUACAUUCGCGAGAUGAAGAAGAUUCAGCCGGUGGGACCGUGGCGCAUCGUCGGAUACUCGUACGGAGCGUGCAUCGGAUUCGAGAUGGCCACGAUGCUUCAAGUCAGCGACGGACCGCAGUCGGUUGAGCGGCUCGUUCUGCUUGACGGAUCGCAUUUGUACAUGCAGACUUAUCGAAAUGUGAGGGAGGAGUUGUUGACAACUGAAAACGUAAUAUUAUCCGUUCAGGUGUACCGCAUGGCGUUCGGAGUGACCGGAGACACACUUGUGAACAAUCCUCUGUUCGAGUCGGAGAUCAUGUGUGCCAUGACUCUUCGCUUCGCCAACGUCGACUACAAAAAGUUCCGUGUCGAGUUGCUGCAACAGCCCGGAUUCAAGGCGCGCGUGCAAAAAGUCGUGGAUACGGUCAUGACCACCGGACUCUUCAAAUCGCCGGAGACUGUCGCGUUUGCGUGCGAAGCGAUGCACGCAAAGUUCCUGAUGGCUGACAAGUAAGCGAACCGAACCGAACCCGACAAUAUCUCACAACGACACUUUCGACAUUUAGGUACAAGCCGGAGCGAAAGUUCAACGGACACAUCACGCUGAUCCGCGCCGAGCAAGGAGCCGCCAGAGAAGAGGAUGUCGGACGGGACUACGGUAUCAGUCAGGUGUCCGAUGAGUCGAAUGUGAGUUGUUUUGGCACCGCCCCGAAUCAGAACCGAUAUUGUCCGUUUGCAGGUGUUCGUCGUCGAAGGAGAUCACGACACGUUCGUGCAAGGCAAGAGCUCCGCCAAAACCGUGAGCAUCAUCAACGAACUCAUUCUGCAUUGA